AUAAUUGCUCUAGGCCCUUGAACUUCUACUCGUAAGCUAUAAUUUUAAAUAAUGGUAGUUUGUGCGUUUCGUGUUGGGCACAUAUUUUGGGACCGCUGCUGCGGUCAAAGGGUUAAAGCAAGAUGCACAAAAUGUUCAUUUUCAUGUUAAGGUAUUUUUACAUAUCAAUGAACUGUGAUUCAGAUACAUUUUACGCUCAAAUUCCUAAGGAUGCAUCGUAUUGCAGAGGAAAACGUAAAAAAUACGUAGCGGGAAGUCGAUAUAAGCGAGGUGCGGACGAGUCCCGCGCAUUUCUUCACGCGUGCGCCCGGGGACAACAUGACGGUCUUUAUUUGCAUCACUGCAGCUUUGCUCGCGGCUGUCUCAGCAGCGCCCCCCGACCAGCCAAGAUUCUACCAGGGGCCUGGGAAUCCUAACUUUCAGCCCGGGCUGGAGCAGUAUUACUUGGAUAACGCGGAAGUGAACUACUACAACCAGGCGCAACAAAAGCAAGGUCAAGUGAACGCGAACGCUCCGGCUCGGCUGGAGAACCUCGAGCCUGAUAGUGAAGUGGAGCUGGUUCCAGGAGUGCAGCAGCCGCAGCAGCCUCCUCAACAGAAUCCAGUGUCUCCCAACUUACCAGGUUUGGUGCCUGGACAGCGUGUGUUCAUUGUGCAUAUGCCAGUCCCGGGAUAUAGGCCUGGCACUGUUGGAGGGUACCAGCCCCUAUAUAUUGUAGCUGCAGCACCUCAAGGGGGCAACGCUGGAGCAUAUGCAGCCAAUGGAUACCAAAAUGCUAUCCUUCUUGACCCCUCCGGGCAAGCAGUGUUGUCUCCAGUGAACGGAUAUUACAGACCCGGCUUAGGACCUCAGCAGGCUAAUCCUGGGCUACUACUGGGAGCACCUAUUGGCUUGCAGCGACCUUUUAAUCUAGCAUAUCAAGAUCCUAACCUUGCAUUCCAACAAGUCAGACCCCAAGGACCGGGCCAAGAAGGUCAGCAGAUUCGCCUAGCUCCCGUGCCAUUCCGUCAACCUGCAGUUGCCGCUAACGCUGCUCCAAACGCAAAUCAAUCAGCAGCACCGUCAGAGCAGAAGCGUGUUGGCCAAUCAUCGGAGAGCAACGAGCUGAAGGAAGAACCGAGGCGCAACGCGAGACCCGGGCCUACCCAAGCCCCGCGCAAACCUUAGACUGCUAGCAAUAUAUCUGCACAGUAGAUAUAGUAACCGCUUUAGGGUUUAAGUCAAAUUUGUAACAAUGUCUAUGUAGUAAGUUUGAAGUGAUGUCACGCUAGCCGAUCUUCUGACUUCUUAAAAUAAUCUUGAAGUUUAAACGUGAAUUUCCUAAUUAUCAUCUUAAAAUCAAUAUCAAUAUGUAUCCAUGUUAUAAUAGUAGGUACAGUCAGCAUCAAAAGUAGCGGAUCAAACAAAAAGUAUCUAUCAUUCUGUAACAGCUUAACAAAAUGUGAUGGUUUUAUGUAUAUGUAGAAUAAUUAAGAUGGUAAAAGAUAUACUUUUGAAUGUAAAUUUUAGAGAUUUAUCUUUUUUUUUUUAAGUUACCCGGAAUAUCAGAAGCUUUUAGCGCGUUGUUUCAUCCGCUACUAUUGAUGCUGACUGUACUAAUUUGAAAUUUCGGAUCAUUGAGUUUGUGUUUAAACUGUUGUUGGUAUUUUUACAAAUUUGACCAAAACAGCUGAAGCGGAAAGACUAGAACUCGUCGAUUAUCUUCGAAAAAUAUUAUCGAAACAUUGAAAAGUGAAGAUAAUGUUUAAAAAAAGAAUUACAUAAACCAAUUCAAUCUACGUAUACACAUGAUGAAGUGUAGAUAAAAUGUAGACAUGUGAUAAUUAGUAGAUAUAUGAAGAUUCUGUGAUUUGGUCUGCCAAAUAUUUACUAACCAAACACAAGUUUAGGAUGAAAAGAUUCUGCCCAUUUCGACAUCAAGAAAUAUGGCUAAAUAUUUUCCUCUUCAAUUAAAUUGUUUUUUUUUUUUUUUAAAUGAAGAAGAUAAUAUAUCAGAUGUAACUGCAUAAUUCCUAUGCAUUUUUUGCAAAUCACUUAAUUAGAUAAGUUAUUUUAUUGAUUUUGCAAUAAAAAACGGAAACAUUUUUAUAUUUUAUUUAAAAACUGAGGUAAAAGAACUUGUAUAAACAGAUCAUCUUUGAUAGGAUCAUCGAUUACGUUAGGAUAAUAUAUUAUCUUGUACCUGAUUGACCUUAUUGUAGAGCAUUGAAUGAAAUAAAAAAUAUCAAUAAA